AUGGAAACAGAUUAAAUCAUAGAUAAUUUAUUAAAUCAAGUUAAAGCGCUAGAUUUAUCUUCAUUAAGAGAAUAUUCUUCCAACAGGAAUACGGCAAAUAUUUGCUAUAUUGACUCCUUAUUUAAUAUUCAAUCUUAAUAAAAAGCGGAUGAAAUUAAAUAAGUAUAUAGCAUAUUGAGCUAGCAAUAUUCUUACUAAUUAGCAGUUAGAGGAGAUGGAAACUGCUUUUACAGAGCUAUGAUGUUAAUGAAAAUAUUUUAUUUAGCUUCAAAUAAUGACUCCCUACUUUUAGAAAAUUUCAUUUAGUUUAUUUCAGAUCUUAAAGACAUUUAAAUAGAUGUAUGUGCAGCUUAAGUAGUUUAAGGCUCUGGUCUAUAACUUAUUUUUAGAAUUUUUCUAAUGAAAAUACUUUCUUGGAAACAGUAGCAAAUAAAUAUUAACAGCUUGAUGAUAAUAAAUGAGUACAAUUCCUUACCUGAAGUAGACUUUGCUGCAUGUUCUAUUGCAAGAUUUAUGAUUUAUCUUAGCUUUUAAAAAUACAAAAGCCAUCCACAAAUCAAAGCUUUUGUUGACGAGGAGGUUUAAUAGGAUAUCUAUAAAAGUAUCUUAAAAUAGAAUGAAUACGCUGAAGGAAUCAUUAUUCCUUUAGCAGCACAAAGUUUUUAGUGUUAGCUUGUCAUUUAAAAUAUUAACUGUGAGCAAGGAUCUGCUUUAAAAAUUAAAAAAGAUAAUAUUGUUUAUAAACCAAUGGUGUUGCAACAACCUGACAUUUGCUAAAUUCACUUACUCUUUAGUAAAGAUCAUUAUGAUUUGUUAUUUUUGAAUAACUAGUGCGAGUAAUUCCCUUUAUUUUAUAAAAUAUCAUCUACUAAAUUUAGUUUAGCUUUACAAAAUAUAAAUUACUUCCAAAAUUUCUUACUACAUAGAAUAUUCUAUUUGAAAAAUCAAAGUAAAUCUCAAAUUUAAAAUAAUAAUUUCUAAGCAUAAUAAGUAGAAAUUUAGCAAAAUUAAAACCAAAAUAGUCUUGCAAGUUUUCGAUCUUUCUAAAGCUGUAGAGAAACUCCUACAGCGCAAUCAAGUAGUUAGCUUUAAAAAGCAUAACAAGUGAACCCAAGUUAUCCAAAUAAGAUACAAUUAGAUUAAUCAAUCAAUAUGAAAUUGUAGGAAAACAGUAAAACUUAAAAUAAAGAAAUAAAUCUUUAAAAUAAUUUAUAGAUAAAUUAAUAAAAUAGUAAAAAUCUUUAUUUAUCAAAUUAAUCCUCACCUAAAAAUAGUGUUGAGUCAAAUUAAGAAAAUAAAGAAUUAGAAAUUCAAAAGUGUGUUUUAUGCAAAAGGAAAAUUUAUGGCUUUUCUGAAUGUUACUAGAUUAAAUAAAUACAAAGCAACGUAAUAGAAAAGAUAUGCAAAAUUUGCAAUUCAAAAGCUUCUCAAAAAGAGUAAGAGGACAAAAAUAUAUUAAUUAUAAAUUAAAAGUAAUACAUUUAUUUAAACGUAAAUUAAAAUUAAGAAGAUUAAUAAAAAAAACAAAAUAAUCAGUAAUUAAAGCAGCUUACCAAGCCUGAAAAUAAAUAAUUCUUCAGAAAUAAAUCUGUUUAGCUUGAUAGCUAAAGUUUUCCAAAUUCAAUUCCUUUAAAAUAAACUCAAAGUGAGAUCUAAAAUAAAUGGGAUAGUUAACUAAAUUUUGACUUUAAGAACUUUGAUAUGGAUUUUAAGAUUUAAAAGGAAGAAGUCUGCUUAUAAAAUAGUGCGUUUAUGAUAAAUUAAUCAAUAUAAUAGAAUACUACUAAAAAUUCUAUUUAAAAUAAAAUUAAAUUGACUUCAAUUUAAUUACCUUUAAACAUUAAGAAAAAUUAAGUUGCUCCCUUAUUAUUUGAAGAAGAGGAGGAAGGAGAAAAAAUAAAAUAAUCUUCAAAUAAUAAUAACAAGUAAUACUUUACAGCUACUCUUAAAUCUCCUAAUAAUGCUGAAUUUGGAAAUUUAUCCUAAAAAGAUAAUAAUUAGAAUGCAUAAGUUGCCAAUUAAUUGCAAGAAAAUUAAAAAAAUGAGAUAUUUAAGUGUAUUUAAUGCAAAGGACCCUUCAAAUCUCAAAAGUAUAUAUUAAAAGGAAAAAAGAUUGCUUUACUCUGUGCAGAAUGCCUUGAAGAAAUAUUAAAAGAUUUAAAAAAAGAUCAAAAUUCUAUUACAAUAGACGGUUAGAAUUAUAAGUUUGGAGAUUCAAUUAUAUCUAAAAUUAAAGAACAAAAACUAAUAGAAAAAUAAAUUUAAAAAAAUAACAUAGUCAAUCCAAAUCAAUAAUUAUAAAAUGACUAAAAAUAAUAAGGCUCUAAAAAAAUUUAAAAUUAAAUGUAAGCAUUUUGUUCUAAAUUGCAGUGCAAUUUAUGUAACAAAAAUGAAUAUUCAACAUAUGAAAUUAGUGAAGUUUAAAAAGGAGGAAAAGAAAUAAUACAAAGAGUAUGCACAAACUGUGUUUCCUUGUUUGUAUCAUAUUAUAAACACCCAUCUUAAAUAGUUAGCUUUGAUAACAAAACAUAUAAAAUAAAUGAAUUGUUUGGUAAAUACAUCUAUAAUCUAUAGUUGUACUAAGUAAAAGCUGAAGCAUAUACUUACUAAUAGUUUUUUAAUAGAGAAGGACAUGAGAAGCAAAAGUGCAUUAUUUGUAAUUCUUUUUGCAAACAGCGAUAUCCUGUCUUUAAUAUAAACAAUCCUUAAACAUAGUAAUUGUUAGGACAUUUUUGCUUUUACUGUAAUUUACAUUGCAUAAAAGAUGGUAAAUAUUUUAUUUUCUAAGAAAAUACCUAUAUACUUGGCGAAUAGCUCUAAAAGUAUGCUUUUGAACAUAUGCUCGUUUAAAUAGAUCUAUACAAUAAAAUUUCUAAAUGA